AUUCAGGACGACUAUAACGAACUUCGUUUCCUAUGUUUUCGCUACCAUCAACGCAUUACUGUCACUUGUUCUGACCUCAGGCGAUUUCUUUCAUUGAUGUUACCAACGAAAUAUCCGAACCAUGGAACCGCUCACGCUAAAACCGCGAGCACCCGACGAGAGUCCCGACGUCGAAAACUGGGACGACGAUGACUUUGAAAACUUCGAAGAUGUCCAAUUCCGCACUGCAUCAACUGCGACUUCGCUCGCUUCCCAACCUCAAACAAACCACCGAGACUCCGUUUCUUCCCGAAUGUCGCUGCGGUCAGAAUCAAAUCAGGGGGACGAGAAUUGGGACGUGUUAGUGGAUGAACAAGCUUCAAUCAAAGAUGCGGUGGCUGUUGCGAAAAGCAAGGGUAUACCGCUGCCAUCAAACAUCCCACGUUCAGCACUCGAAGGUGGGACCAUUAGGCGGCUGAAUGGCAAAGUGAUCAAAAAAGCCAUCGCCGACGAUUGGUCGGAAGACCUGGAUUUACCAGGCCCUGACUUGCCUUUGAAACUGGCGAAACAAGACGACCGUUAUUCAUCUGAGAAUUUGCGUCAAAUCAGUGCAGCUUUUAGGACAUCUCCCAAAUCUCCAGAGACGAUGGAUUUGGCAGAUAAGACGAUACGAUCUCCCAAAUCCCGCACCGCACCGACUCCUAUAACAUUGGACUCUUUCCGCGACGCUGAAGAGGACGAGGAUUUCGGCGAUGUACCUACGAUAAAAGUGGCGAAGCAGCGGUCUCCACAGAAGCCGUUACUGUUCCAGCAACCACCCACCCCAAUAAAAGCAGAGAAGGAAAGUAUCGAGGAAGACUUGGAAUUACCUUCAGACGGAAAGCUCAGACUGUCCACUCGGAAAGCACCACAGACUCCGCAGCAGGGCGACGACUUCGACCUGGAAUGGGCUGAAGGCAGCCUUGGGACGAGACAUGCUGGAACGAAAAGAGGAGGUCGAUCUGCUCGGAGUUCCUCUGCAUCAGCUCUGAGCCCCAGUGUGUCAAGCGCCUUCACUGCAGAAAGUGAGGACGAGGGACUUGAUGGCCUUGUACUUCCUGAUGGACCCAUCAAGUUCGAAGACAAGCUCAAGCAGAAACAGGAGGAGCAUGCUGCAGAACCGACCAUCAUACCUGACGACCAAUCCGGGCCAAGACGAAAGUCAGGCAAGGAGGACUUCUUCCUGGGUCUUGAGAUCGGUGACGGAGAAGUUUUCGAUCCUGCGAAGUUGACCCUCAAUCGCAAUGUCAAACACAAAAGCACACGACCUGCAAGCCCGUCGAAGAGGACUACUACAACCCUGAACUUCACGACCAGCAAAACCCCAGGCCCGACGAUAUCAAGGUUGCCUAGGUUUCAACCUGCUCACGACCGACACGAGCGCGUUCGAUCUCAUCUGGAACCUGUCUCGGAAACUGGUGUGGCAAUCUCGUCGUACCAACGUCCAAGUUCUCGACUUGGACAGGCAACGCAAUCAUCUGUUUCAGCGAUUCCUGCACCUUCUACGCCCUCUACACCGUCUACACCUAGUCGACGAGUACUUCGAGGUGCUGAAUCUCGACCUGACCUACGCUAUGAUCAGCCACCUACAACGACCAAUGCCCAGCUUUUGCGAGCGAAACGCUCCAUGCCCGUCAUGCGCGGCAUGCAGUCACCCACCAAGACUCCAGCAUAUGUCAGACCUCCUUCGAGACAAGAGAUAGGAACUCGUUUGAACAUCCAAUCACGGCCCAAGACUCCAACAGACCGCUCUCAAUCUCGAGUUGCCGAGAUGAGAAGAGAAGCUUUACCCUUCCUGCCAGCGGGCGCAUCUGCUAGACAGUCUCAGCACAUCACUCUCAAAAACCCGCCUCCCGGUCACUAUCGUGGUCAAGGUUCGGACGGGUCAGGAGACAGCAUGUCCGCCGCGCAAAGGUCCUUGUCCCGACUGGCUGGUUUGAGCAGGCCAGAAACACCUGGUCGUGGGAGAAGCAAUUUUGCUCCUGCAGAAUUGGCUGCACAAGCUAAGAAGACGAUUACAAAACCGACUAGGCGUCGACAGUACGGUGAUGGUUCCGAACUGGAGAUCUUCGAUGACCUUCCCACAUCUGCAACGCUUGAAUCGAAAUUCACCAAGACGCCCAUAGCUCGUGGAGCUCCCCGAAGUCUCAGAAGCAAGCUUGGUUUGUCACACCUGAACCCCUCUACAUCUUCACUUGCAAGCACGAGACGUGGGAGUGACACCCCAGUACCGUCGACGCCACUGUCGCCUCCCAGGAGUGAUUUUCCCACAACGGCUCUGAACACCACCAGCGUUCCUCGCUUUGCUCGUGAUACCGCGGCGUCUCGAAAUGCCCGUGAGCAGCGGCAAAUCUCGAGUACUUUCCAUAACAUGCGUGGUGAACCCCUUCAACCGAUCUCGACCAACUGGAAGUCAACUGCAGCAGUGCGUCAGACUCUCCAAGGAAGUCUGAGAAAGAAGAAGAUUGACAAGUUCCAACAAAAGCCGCACCUCAUCAAACCUAUGGGCGCCGAUCUGAACAGACCUAAGAGCGAAAAGGGCAUGCAUUACAACCCCCUACUCUUUAGGUGGGAAGGGAAUGAGAAUGCGCUGGCUCCUUUCGAUGUUCCAGACUUCCAUCCGAGGGUCGCGAGUCCUAUCGGCCCAGGCCAAGCAAGUCCUGGCACCAAGGCCAGUUUGGCUCUGAUCUCGAAUGUGGGCUCAAACGUUACCGGAGUCCAGGUCGUUGGAGGCAUGGUCUUUGAUCCUUCGCAGAUGCGAUGGCUCAAGAUCGCCGAGAAUGCCGACGGAAGUGCCGCGGGUCUGCGUUCAGGCAGUGUCCAGAUCGAGGAAGAAGAGGAUGUUUUCGCCGGUCUCGAAGACCUCAAGGAAGAAGACGAGACCAGAAGUCGCAGUGGCACUCUCCCAAGCAUGAUGGGUGGUGCUCACCAUCGAGAUUCUUUCGGUGAAGCAGACGGCGGCCACAGCAGUGGUGAUGAGUGGGGGUUGAGUGAAGAAUUCGACGUCGGCCCCGAAUUUGUCAGACGGCAGCGGAACGAAGAGGAGAGAUGGCGCCGGAAGGUUGAGAGGUGGUUGAGACGUGACGGUGAAGUGGAGGAAGAGGGACUUGAUGGACAUGGAGGCUGGAGGUGGGCGAUCCGUGAGCUUGUCAUGGCACAGAACGAGGCUCAUGACGGAGGUGUAUACUGACCAGGCAUGGUGUGGAAGAAGUGGUGCAGGAGAGCUCUUUUGUCAGGAGCAUUCACGACCUUAACGGACCGGCAAUGCUUUGCUUCAUGGUGCAAGCUUGUCCGGGAAAAGCCUUUCUUACUUUAUCUUACCUACCUAUUAAUUUUCAUGAUGACUUUAUGAUACACUUUUCUGAUCCUCAUGAUACUCUUCAUCGGUGGCUGUCUGGCUUCACAGGUUGAUACUGUCCAGUCUGUCCUGGACUGCUGAGUGAAGUAUGCCG